CGACAAAUUUCUACUUGGGCAACCCUGCGGUCCGCAGGUUAAGUUUGGAACCUGUAACACUCCGAAGCCGAGUUUCUUCGAUUUUGAGGGGAAGCAGAAAUGGGAAGCCUGGAAAGCUCUGGGAGACUUCAGUCCUCAUCAAGCUAUGCAGGAGUACGUUGCCACAGUGAAAAAACUGGACCCUAGCUGGAAUCCUCAGAUAACAGAGAAGAGAGGGAAGGAAUGCAAAACUGCCUUUGGAGGCCCAGUCGUCAGCUCCUUAUAUCAAGAAGAAACAAUCAGGGAGGAAGACAAGAACAUUUUUGAUUACUGCAGAGAAAACAACGUUGACUACGUAACCAAAGCCAUUAGAUCAAAAAGUGUGGAUGUGAACGUCGCCGAUGAGGAGGGCAGGGCCCUGCUCCACUGGGCUUGUGACAGAGGACACAAGGAGCUCGUUUCGGUCCUGUUGCAACACUCUGCAGAUGUUAACAGACAGGACGGGGAAGGCCAGACUGCACUCCAUUAUGCGGCCGCCUGCGAGUUCCCGGACAUCGUGGAGCUGCUGCUGCAGUCGGGCGCAGACCCCACGCUGCGGGACCAGGACGGCUGCCUGCCCGAGCAGGUGACGGACUGUAAAGCCAUCAUGUCCGCGCUGCAGCGGCACACGGCCGGCGAGACCUAAACCUGCGGGCGGGCAGUCCGUGCGCGGGCUCCGGAGCGCGGACACCACCUGCGAUAACGCCCCUUCUCUCCCCCCCAGCCCUCCAGGUUGCCCCAGGGUCCAAAGGGGAGCACAGGCAGGAGGUUUGGGAGGGUUUCGAGCUGCGGGCUGUCUUACCAGGCAUAUGUGCAAGGUAGGAUCAGGGUCUUGCAUGCUCUGGGACGUACCCGCAUCCAGGGAGUGGGGAGGGAGGGCAGAGAGGGCCUGGAGAAGCCCCUAAAUGUUGUUUUGGUGUGCUAAAUACAAGGGCCACGUUGGGUGUGUCACCAGAGGACACGAAGGGGACCUUGGUGCAGGGAGCUGCCAGGGCAGGUGAGAUGCUAGGCUCUGCAGUGGGGGUUGAGUUUCGGGUUGUUUUUUCCCCUGGGCCGAAACAAAGG